UUUGGGACAGUUGAAACUCAGUCAUAGCCAUUUUUAACGUCUUAAAAAUUUGGUGAUUUGACCACACUUGAAAGUGGUACUGUACUUAACAUGAAAUCGACAUCGCAGUUCUAGCCUCAAAAAAUUUUGUUCAACCAGAACUCUAAUGACAUUAACGUCGUGACUACGAGGAUUUCGUGAAAUCGUAUUCUUUUUGUUUUGCGCAUGGUGGUACCUUGUAAUAAAGCGAACUGUUCUGAUUUCAGCAAACACAUUGGAUGAAAAGGAAACAUACUUCGAACGUCAUAUUGGAGGGCCCGGCGAGGAGAGCCUGGUUUACCUUUCAAGGAGAAUCAUGAGCUACACCAAGAGGGAUGACUGGCUCAUGAGCGAUGCCACUACUCCUCACCAGAAACACUUGGUGCUGAGCAGCAAUAUUGUGGCUCUCGCCAGAUGUGGUCAAGUACUCCCAUUGUGCUUCGCCGUCAUGUCGUCCAAGACUGGCCCAGCUUACGAGGCAAUUAUCAGAUUUCUCCGUGCGUUGGGUCUGGACGCAAAGAGCAUCAUGACAGACUGGGACGACGCCGAAAGAAAGGGACGGCGUGAUGGGUCGCCAGAUAUGAUUCUGAAGAUGUGAGACUGCUGAGGUGAGCUGUGUAUCGAUUCCGCACAAUUUAAAAACGAGGAAUCCGAAUCUGUCCCCGGAGACGCGAUCGGACCACCGGAAGUGGGUCAAAAGCCGUCAUUUUGGAAAUAUGGCCGACCAACGACAGACUAUGGUUUCGGAGGGACUUUAGCCCACAUUAGGGGGUUGAAAUCCAUGUUUUGGAGGUCAGCGGAUUCAUCGCAUGGCGACGAAGAAGGUCAUGUGACGAGGACGCCGAGGACAGAACUGAACGGGGAUGGUGCGUCUGUUCAAUUAAUUUUAGCUUCAGGAAGGCCAUUGAGAGCAGGUCAGCAGGCCUCCGACGACAAGUUAAACGCCGCUCUGGGCAAGGCGCUCUACGUCGAGGUUGUGUCGAACGUCAAGGCCGAGCUGAAGGACUUCAAGGCCCUCCCCCCCAAGGCGCAGAAGCUCGUGGACGGCUGCCUCAAGAGCGCCGCCCUGCACGCCGCAGACAAGGACAGCACGGCCCGCGCAUUCUUCAACGAGUUCGCUGGCUGCGUCAACGGACACUCCGACGUGCCAGCCAGCUUUAAGAGCAGCGUCAAAAAAUUGGGCCAGGGUCUUUAGAGCGGCAGUGCCGUGACCGUUCCCGCCCGUUUUUCCCAAAAAUAAAUUCCCAAAUAUUGACUUUU